AUGAGGAGCAAUGCCCCCAGGAGUAUGAGUGGGCAAAGUCAAGCUUUGAGACAGGAUUCUGCUCCUAUGUAUUGCCCUAAGAAUGCUCCUUACACUGAUCAAAGAUCUACUAUUCCUGGUCAUGUGUUUGCUUUGACAAGGGAAGAGGCUGAAGCUUCCCUGAAGCUUAUCCAAGGUAUGAUUUCUUUAAACAAUCAACAAAUUUCUACUUUAUUUGAUUCUGGUGCCACUUACUCAUUUAUCUUCGAUGAGUGUGCACAAAGACUGGAAUUGCAUAUAGUUGAAAUGCCUUUUGUGAUGAAUGUGUCUACAUCGGUUGGUGCUUCAGUGAGAACCAGUCGAGCUUGGUUGAAAGUAGAGUUGAAAUUUGGUGAAAUAGUCACAAGUAUUGAUUUGAUUUAUUUGCCCAUAUCAAGAAUUGACGUGAUAAUUGGCAUGGAUUGGUUAUCUGCUAAUAGAGCAACGUUAGACUAUAAUAGAAAGACAGUUUCACUACCAAUGUACACGGUGACCACAAUGAAUAAUGGGACUACACCAUCGGUAGAGAAAUCAGUGAAGAAAGGAUGUCAAACUUUCAUGGUGUUUUUCUCAAUGCAUGGGGUAUAUGAUAGAGUAAUAGACAACAUUGGAGUUGUCAAUAAGUUUCCUAAGGUGUUUGCAGACAAAGUGUCUAGAUUGCUACCAGAGAGAGGGAUUGAGUUCUCAAUCGACUUGGUACUUGGUGCCAAGCCAAUCUCUAAGGCUCUUUAUCAGAUGGAUCCAAUAGAAUUGAAUGAGCUUAAGAAGUAG